AGGGGUUGGGGCCUCUGCACCCGGGCGGGGGACUGAAGCCCAGCCGGGCCCGGAAGGGUCGUAUUUGUAGUGAGUUGCCGCAUAUCAAGUGACCAGUGUGCCGGACCUCCCUCCCCACCACCCCGCCAGCCACAGGUUGGCCAGAGAGGAGCCCUUAAUCCCUGGCAGACCUUGGGCGCCGGCUCUGAUGCACACCCCUCAGUCCACCGCCCCCGCCUCCUGGGGUGGCUGCUCAGCCAAGGACAGGGCCGCCUGCCCACCUGUCGGGCCUGGGUGCCGUCUGGCGGGCAGCUGCACUCCUGGGGCACACUUCGGGGGCGCCGGUCCAGCAUGCUGGGUGCCACGCUCCUGCUGCUGGCCCUGCUCCCCGGGGUUGCCACCUUGCCCAGCGGACCACCUGCGCCCCCAUUCCCCGCGGCGCCCGGGCCCUGGCUGCGCCGUCCCCUUUUCCGUCUGGAGCUGUCGGACGCGGAGGAGGCCUUCCCGCGCCGCGCGGGGCCGCUCGAGGUCCCGGCCGACAGCCGCGUGUUCGUGCAGGCGGCCCUGGCCCGACCCUCUCCGCGCUGGGGCCUGGUCCUGCACCGCUGCUCCGUGACGCCGUCCUCGCGCCCGGCCCCGGGGCCCGCCCUGGCGCUGCUGCGCGGGGGCUGCCCCGCCGACUCCUCGGUCGUCCUCCCGCCGCCGCCGCCGCGCCCAGGUGCUGCCGGCUCCGCGCGCUUCAGCUUCCGCCUGCGCCCGGUCUUCAACGCCUCCGUGCAGUUCCUGCACUGCCAGCUGAGCCGCUGCCGCCGCCUCCGGGGAGCCCGCCGGACACCUGCGCCUCUGACGCUGCCGCCGCCAUCGCUGUGUCUGCCUCAGGAUGAGGCGUGCACGGGCGCCGGCAGCGGCGAGAGCCUGGGUGCCGACAGUCCCCACCUGCACACGCUGACGCAGCCCAUCGUGGUCACAGUGCCGCGGCCACCCCCCAGGCCAUCCAAGGGCGUCCCCGGCAGAGCCGUGCGCCCCGAGCCUCCGGCCGCGGCCCCCGCGGCCCUGGAGCCCGCGCCCGUGGUGGCGCUGGUGUUGGCUGCCUUCGUGCUGGGCGCCGCGCUGGCCGCCGGGCUCGGCCUCGUCUGUGCGCACUCAGCGCCCCCAACCCCCGGUCCGGCCCCGAGAGACUCGCCCAGCGGCCCCCAGCCCAGGAUGCCCCAGUGAGGCAGGUAAACGGGGGUACGGGUGGGGGGAAAGGGUUGUAACGUGGGGCCGGUAGGACAGCUGGAAGAGGGAGGUGAUGAUAAUGGCGUUUUAGGCGUUCCCUGUGCCGGGGAGUGUUCGGAAGGUUUCAUGCCUAUUAAUUAAUGUAAUCCUCAUAACAACGUUCAGGUAGAUAUUAUUAUAAUCCCCAUAUUAGAAAUGAGACCCAUGAGGCACUCUCUGAAGUAACUUGUCAAAGGUCACAAAAUUUGGUGGAGCUGGAAUUCAAACUCGGGCACUGGGUCGGUCACCCGUGGCCAACUUCGGGCUCUGUGUCACAAGAGGGGUCCUCAAACCUCGGACAGACACUAGAUGAGGAGAAUUCGCGACUCAGACCUAGCACCCACCCUCACUCCCGCACACAGACUGACGGAGGAGGCCAGUGAUCCGCUGGGAAGGGGGUGGCCUGCGUUGUGUCCUCUCCUUCGCUCAGCCUGGGUAGCCCCUCGCCAGGGAUGGCGCACCCCCAGCAAGGUCCCGAGACACACCAGCCACGGCCUCGAACCAGGCCCGCCAGGACUGCACCGGCCGCGGCCCACCUCGGACCCGACGGGACCACUGUCUCUGCUCCGAACCCUCCCGCCCCCGACGCGCUCCUCCUCGCACCCUCCCACCUGGGCUCAAAAUAAACAUCUGGUCUGACCUGCUGAGUUCUGAAGUCUGCGUGUGAGCUUGGCGCGGGUAUAGGGGGCAGGAAGCAGAGGCCUUGGACCAGGCCUUGGGGGCCGGGCUCACACGCCCAUGUAUACGUGUGCAGAUGGAGGCCAGGGGAGAUCCAAGGGAGUUUUUCCCAAACAGAAAGGGACACCCAAGCCCACGUGCUUAAGUUUUAAUAAGCUCCGCCUCCUUCCUCAAGCCCUGCACCUGCCCACCUGCCUCCGGCGGUCUUCCCAAAGCCAGGCUUUCUCCGCUCUCCACCCCCACCCUGGACUCUGCCCUCGCUAAGGCCUUGACCUCUGGUCUCUGCUCCAGCGCCCUCUGUCUAGUCUAGAGCUCGUAACUGUCUCCUGUCCGACUUCCUCCCUUCCCUCGAGCGGGACUACUAGCUCCAUUUCACAAAUGAGGAAACUGAGGCUCGGCUCGGCCAUAUCACUUGCUCUAGGUCCUCAGGGCUAGCCAACCCCACAGCCCAGGUUCUUGGCUACCACUGAACAGCUGCCUUCCUGCCAGGGUCCACUCCUUUUGGAGAAGCAAAGCACACAGUAGGAGUUUCGCGAGACUCAGUCCCGGAAUGGAGGGAGGGCGGGAGAUCUAAGGUCUCGGCUCCAGUUCACGGAGGAGAUAAAAUGCAGGCAGGUGGGGUGUCUCAUGCGCCCCCACCUCC